AUGGCCAGCUCGGGGUCCUGCAUUCGUACCUCAGCACAUCCCUCGCCCAACGGAUCCAUCCUCGUCGGCAGGCAAGCGCUUCCUCUCGCCAAGCCGGCUGGCUCCUCCCGCCGUGUCCGCCCUCUUGCCCUUGGCCCCCGGCGUCGUCCUCUUCCCACACUGACUUCGCUCCCGCUGUGCCUGCUGCCUCACUUCCCGUUCUCGCCUCGAUCCCCGCUGCCGCCCUCGCUCCCUCGCCUCCGUCGCCGCGGCCGCGCCCCAGACUCGAUCGGCUCUGCGCUCCGCGGCCGCCCCGGCCCCCAGCCCCCGGCCGACGCCGCCGUCCUAACAGCCACCACAACCAACACGGAGGCCACGCGCCGCCACUGCCGUCGCGCCGCCUCCACUCGCCCGCCGCCCACCAUAGCCCCGCAGCAAACAGGUAGCAGGAAGCGGAAAGCGCCCGCGCUCGAGGCGGCCGCCGCGGGCUCGUCGUCGCAGGGCUCGGCGGCGGCGGCGGACGGAGACGGGCCGCUGCUGCCCAAGAAGCCGAAGCGGCCGGCGGCAAGACGCUCGCUGCUGCACUACCUGAAGGGCCGCGAGGUGGGCGCGCGGGGCCGCGCCGGGCUCCCAGGCUUCGAGGGCGAGCUGCGCGGCUACGCGGUGCAGAAGCUGCCUGAGCUGCUGAGGGAGCGCGAGCUGGCGCUGGGCACCCUCAACAAGGUGUUCGCGUCGCAGUGGCUGAACGCUAGGCAGGUGGUGUGCGGCACCAAGUGUAACACGCUUUUCGUGGUGGACGUGCAGUCGGGUCAGAUCACGCGCAUCCCUCUGAUGCGGGAUCGGGCGCCCGGGCCGGCCCGGGCCCAGCCGAGCUGCAGCAUCCAUGCCAUCCACCUAAACCCCUCCAAGACGCUUCUGGCCACCCGGGGGGGAGAAAACCCCCAAAGCCUGGCCGUCUACCAGUUGCCCACGCUGGAUCCCGUGUGCCUAGGAGACCGCCAUGGCCACAAGGACUGGAUCUUCGCCAUUGCCUGGAUGAGCGACACGGUGGCCGUGAGCGGCUCCCGCGACGGCACCGUGGCGCUGUGGAGGAUGGACCCCGACGUGUUCCAGGGCAGCAUCGCCUGGCACAACAACGCUGGGCUCCCCGUCUACGCCCACAUCCGUCCGCGGGACGUGGAGACCAUCCCCAGGGCCAGCACCAACCCCAGUAACCGCAAGGUGCGGGCCCUGGCCUUCAGCGGCAAGAACCAGGAGCUGGGAGCCGUGUCCCUGGACGGCUACUUCCACCUGUGGAAAGCGCGGAGCACCCUGACCAGGCUGCUGUCCAUCAGGCUGCCCUACUGCAGAGAGAACGUGUGCCUGACCUACUGCGACGAGUUGUCCUUGUACGCGGUGGGCUCCCAGUCCCACGUGUCCUUCCUGGAUCCGCGGCAACGCCAGCAGAACAUCCGGCCCCUGUGCUCCCGAGAGGGCGGCACGGGUGUGCGCUCCCUGAGCUUCUACCAGCACAUCGUCACGGUGGGCACGGGCCACGGCUCCCUGCUCUUCUAUGACAUCCGCGCGCAGAAGUUCCUGGAGGAGAAGGCCUGGGCCACCCCGCACUCCUCCCCGGGGCCCGCAGGGAGGAAGCUCAAGCUCACCUGUGGCAGAGGCUGGCUCAACCACGACGACCUGUGGGUGAACUACUUCGGUGGCAUUGGCGAAUUCCCCAACGCGCUCUACACCCACUGCUACAACUGGCCUGAGAUGAAGCUCUUCGUCGCUGGGGGGCCUCUCCCUUCAGGCCUCCAUGGGAACUAUGCUGGCCUCUGGAGCUAAGGAUGGCUGUCCUGUCC